GACCUUUGCGAAUGUCAGUCGACUGCCAAACAGUCGAUAAACAUCUUUUUAAAGCCUAAAAGGAACGCGACGAAAAGGUAAAUCCAAAUAAAAUAGUUUAUCACUAAACUAACACAAUGAGUGAUGAAUUACAAAACUAUCAACUCCAACUGCAACAAGUCGAGGCCGCCCUGUUGACGGACCCUGACAACAAAGAGCUGCAGAAGUUGAAAAUCGAUCUGGAAGAAGUGAUAGAACUGUCGCUGGACCUCAAAAACAAGGCAGAGGAGGCUGCAAACCAGCCUGAGUACACAGAACCAGUCGGGGUGCAGGAGGAGGAUGAAAUCACCAAAUCUCUCCUGGCUGUUGAAGAGUUCGUAGCUAAGAACAGGGCAAAGAAGAUCUGGCGUGUGGGGGACAUUUGUAGCGCGAAAUGGAGCGAGAAUGGCCAAUAUUACGAGGCCAGGAUUGAUGCCAUCAAUCCUGAUGGACAGGUAAAUGUUACUUUCGAGGCUUAUGGUAACAGAGGGGUGACAACCCUGGAUGAACUCAGGGAGUUCACAGGUCAGAAACGUGUCUUGACUGAGGCAGAGAAAUUGCGUAAGGCUAAAUUAAAUAACAAGGAAUAUUUAAAGAAAAAGAAGCAGAAGAAACAGCAAAGGUUUAAGGAACUAGAAGAGGAGAGAGAGUGUGAGAAGAAGAAGUGGUUGAAUUUUGCAAAUAAAGCUGUUAAAAGUAAAAAGAGUGGCUUAAAGAACAAAAGUAUAUUCGCCUCUCCUGAUUCUGUUAAUGGGAGAGUAGGAAUUGGCACCUGUGGAAUUGGAGGUAAACCGAUGACGGAAUUUACCACUGCAGAAAAAUGGAGGAAGGGGCAAUAAAAAAUGUUCAGAUUCAGGAAGACUGUGUUUAUCACUAAGUGACUAUUUUAUGUAUAUUACUAGUGUAGUUGUUAUUUAUUAAGGAAUUUUUUUAAUAAAGAAUUCUUUUGUAAA